AUGCUAGCUGAAGACUUGCAGGGGCGGCUGGGAGUGGUGCUGAUGGCUGGCGGGCAGGGGACGCGGCUGGGCAGCGAUGCCCCAAAGGGGUGUUAUGACAUCGGGCUGCCCUCGCGCAAAUCGCUCUUCCAGCUGUACGCCGAGCGCCUCAACAGGCUGCAGCACCUCGCUGCGCAGGCCGUCUUUGGGCCGGGCUCUGACGUCAGGCACCCUGUACGAUGGUACAUAAUGACGAGCGCGGCCACGGAUGCUGCCACGCGCGAAUUCUUCCAGCAGCAUGCCCACUUUGGCCUGGAGGCCUCCCAGAUUGUCUUCUUCCAGCAGGGGACGCUGCCGUGCUUGACAAAGGAUGGCAGUUUCAUCCUGGCUUCGCCCUGCUCCAUCGCCAGGGCCCCAGACGGCAACGGCGGCCUCUACACAGCCAUGCAGAGGGAGGGUGUCCUGGAGGACAUGGCACAGAACGGCGUGGAGUGCGUGGACUGCCUCAGCGUGGACAACGCCCUGGUCAGGCUGGGCGACCCCCUCUUUGCAGGCUACUGCCACGAACUGGAAGCCGAGUGCGGUGCGCGGGUGGUGGCCAAGGCGUACCCAGAGGAGCGCGUCGGCGUCUUUGCGCGGCGCGACGGCGGCAUCGAGGUUGUCGAAUACAGCGAGCUGGACCCGCAGGAAGCUGCCGCCACGCACAGCGGGCAGGGGCAGCUGAAGUACAACUGGAGCAACGUCUGCAUGCAUUACUUCACGCGAGAGUUCUUGGAGGCGGCUGCGCGGCGGCUGCAGGCAGAUGGGCAGUACCACAUUGCGCGGAAAAAGAUACCCUCCGUCGACGGCCCGGUGCAGGGCAUAAAGCUGGAGCUGUUCAUCUUCGACACCUUCUCGUGGGCGCAGCGCGUGGCCCUGCUGGAAGUGAAACGCCAGGAAGAAUUUGCGCCCGUAAAAAACGGCCCCGGCUCUGACAAUGACUCACCCGACACCGCACGCAAGGCCAUCCUGGGCCUGCACACCAGGUGGGUCGCCAAAUCGGGCGGUCGGCUGCGGCUGCCCAAGGAGUGCGAGGGCGUUGAGGUGUCCCCUACCGUAUCCUAUUCUGGCGAGGGGCUGCGCUCCGUCUGCCGGGGGCGUACCUUCCGCCAGCAGCAUGACGUGUUCCUGCAGGGGCUUGUGCCGGAGCGGGUGGCAGGCAAGCGGCUGGUAGAGGCGCGCAGGAACGAUUUGAGGACACCUGGAGCCACUCCACUGCCGACACCUGGCGCCACUCCUAUGGGGUCCCCCCGCUCCCAGGCCCCCCUCUCACCCUUCACCAGAUGA